AUGGGGCUUAUGCAGACUGUAGGAAGAUGCAGAAGCAUAUCGGCGUAUGAAAAGAUAAGCAGGAUAUGCUCAGGAAGUUUUGGGAGUGUAUACAAGGUGAGAUGCAAGGAAAGCACGAGCAUCUUCGCAAUAAAGAGGAUGAAUCCGUCAAUGUGCUACGACACAAAUGGGUUUUCUACUCUAUACAUCAGAGAAGUUAUGAUUCUAAGGCAUCUGCAGCACAAUAACAUCAUGAGGAUUAGUGAAGUCGUUGAAGGAACAGCAAUUAACGACUUUUUUAUAGUAAUGGAGUACUGUGACACUGAUCUGAAGACAUUCAUUCAGAAGAGCGGCCCCAUGGAUGCAUCAAUGGCAAGAUUUUUUGCGAGCCAACUCUUGCAGGGCCUUGAGUUUUUGCACGGCAUCAAGGUAGUGCACAGGGACCUGAAGCCAUCGAACAUUCUUCUUAUGAAAGACGGAUGCCUGAAAAUAGCAGAUUUUGGACUGGCAAGGCGGACGAGCUCUCAGAUGACGAACCUUGUUGUCACACUGUGGUACAGACCGAUCGAGGUACUCCUUGGUUCCGAAUCAUAUGACGAAUCAGUGGACAUGUGGUCUGUUGGAUGCAUUGUUGGUGAAAUGAUGGUGGGAGAGCCAAUAAUGCCUGGAGAGGGAGAGAUUGACCAGCUGCGCAGAGUGUUUGAACUUCUAGGUUAUCCUGAUGAUGGGGAUUUUCAAGGGUUGGAGCUGCCUCACCUGAAAAGCAUUCGAGUUCCUGAUAUGUUUGAUGCGGAGUUUGACAAACGCUUUGAGGGCAUUGAUGGAGAUGUAGUAGGACUUAUCAGGAACAUGCUGAGCUUUGAUCCAAGAAGACGAGACAGUGCGCGUGUGGUGCUUUCAAAGGGGAAUUUAAAGGAGGGCGCGAUAUGCGAGCGUGGAGUAGUCGAAUGUGCGAUUGCCAAAUGCAUGGAUUGA